AUGCUUUGCAGACGUCAUACCUCGUCGCCCAACUCGCAGGCCACGGCAACCUCCAGUGCCCUCGCCUCUGCAUUGACGGAGCUGGAGAAGUGUCAACUCACGACCUCCCCCUCCACGGCCUCGCCGACCUCCCGGUCCACGACCUCGCCGUCCAAGUCCGUCACUGCCUCACCGGGCACUGGCACCAGGUACACAAUGGCAGUGAAGGAGCCAUCAAUGUGUUAUGCGCGCACUACCCUGCAGGAUCCUUGA